AUGUGGGACGCCGACGUCAGCCUGGCUUCCAUGAAUAUUGAUGUGGAGGAUAGUCUGGGACGAGAAGAGGAGAAGAAAGAUUUGGACGGUUUUUGUUGGAUUUUCUGCAAAGUGGAGGGACAGGAAAGCAGGGCGGACCCAGGGCUGGCCCGUGGAUGGACUGUAAGCAGCCCAGAUGGAAACAGAACAGGCCAGACAUGA